GGCAUUUCCACGUCUACCGAAUCCCCGGAUAAAGCAUUCGUUUCGCCACGUCAUCCUCUCCUUCCCCGCCCACAAACAGGGGAAUUCCCCACCACACUCACCCUUGUUCCAUUCCUCCGGCUGGGUUUUCCUCUUGAUUGUUCCUCGUUUCCUUCUCUCUUUCUCCGUGGUUUUCUUUUCAUGGCAGUUAAGUUGCAGCAUCGCAGCUUCAUAUCGUCGAGAAGGGAGGCUGACUUGGAUUACUUGUUGAGUACUUCAGGCAAUUCAAGGAAGAGAUACCUUGCAAGAUCUACUUUUUUAGAGAAUGGAAAUCAUGGUCUUAAUCGACGGAUUCUGGUUUAUAAGAAAAUCUUUUGUAGAUCAAGAAGGCUGAGGCAGCUCUUUCCCUGUGCAUCUGCAGAAGAAGGUGUGACCGUCAAUGGGAGUCCCCAGGCAUGUACCGAUGGUGAUGUGGAGGUGAUGAUGGUCAAACUAAAUCGGUCACUGCAAGAUCAGGAUUACAGUGAUGGACUUGUGCAAUCUUUGCAUGACGCAGCCAGGGUUUUUGAGUUAGCAAUUAAAGAGCAGAGUUCAUUAUCAAAGUUAUCGUGGUUUUCAACAGCGUGGCUUGGUGCGGACAGAAACGCAUGGGUGAAAGCACUUUCUUAUCAGGUCUUUCAUGAAACCACCUCUAGAUUAAACUUUAUAUUCCCUGAUAACCUUCCAUGACAUAUUUUUUAUGAU